AUGUCGAAUCAGAUAUAUUUUGCCAAAUAUUCUGGUGUUGAUGUAUAUGAGCUCAUUCAUCCAACAGGCUCUGUCAUGAAAAGAAAGAAAGAUAAUUGGGUUAAUGCUACUCAUAUUCUGAAAGCUGCAAAUUUUGCCAAGGCAAAAAGAACAAGAAUAUUAGAAAGAGAAAUCUUAGGGGAGACCCAUGAGAAGGUUCAAGGUGGCUUUGGAAAAUAUCAAGGUACAUGGGUUCCAUUGGAACUCGCUAUAUCCUUGGCUAGUAAAUUCGAUGUUUAUACCGAAUUGAAACCUUUGUUUGAUUUUGUUCAUAGAGAUGGCGAACCUGAGCCACCAAGGGCACCUAAACAUCAUCAUGCAUCCAGAGCUGAUGGCAGGAAAAAGGCAACAAAGAGUGCUAGUAUGUCUGCACUAAACGAUAAACAAUCCGCUCAUAUCACAAGUUCACUAACAACGUCAUCACCACUUUUAAUAACAACUUCACAACCCUUACUUAUUAAUAUAACAGAUAAACCCACAAAAAAACCUACUGUUUCAAAAUCAACAGUCCCUAGGAAAAGAGGAAGACCACCUUCAAAUUCUAAGAAAAAAGCAGAAGUGAGUCGUGGAUUGAAUAGGUCACAAAGUGAUAUUAGUGUUACACGACCUACAAUGUCAAAUGCUAUAAUAGAUUCUACGCAACUCCUUCAGUCAAAAAUUUCAAAAGUUUUAGAACCAUUAGAAGAACUACAGAAUAAUAAGCAUAACAAUAGUUAUUCAUAUACAAAUAAGACUACUGUUAAUAAUAGUCAUACUGCAUCACUAUCACAACAAGUCCCCAUCAUAACUAGUAAUAGGGUUAUACCUCAUUUUAAAGAACUUGAAAUAAAUGACGGAUUAUCAAGUGACAUUGAAUCAUCACAAAUACAUGAAAGUGAAUUACGUAAAGGAGAUUUUCAACAAUUACGACAACAACAACUUCAACAUAUACAUGGUCCAGAUUCUCCAAAUAUGUCCUCACCCUCGUUACCGACAUCACCAGCUCAAUUAGGUGGUUCUAGUCCGUUUAGUGAGCACAAUUACGAUGCUUUAGGGACCUCACCUGUAGUUUCCUCUAUACCGAAGUAUGUGUCUCACACUAGACCACAGACGUCUGACAUAAAUGAUAAUGUUAAUAAAUAUCUUACCGGAUUAGUGGAUUAUUUCAUAUCAAAUGAAUCAAAGACAAAUAAAGAUAUACCACCUGAAUUAUUAUUACCACCCAUGCAUAGUGCCCCAUACAUUGAUGUACCUAUUGACCCUGAAUUACAUACUGCCUUCCAUUGGACUUGUUCAAUGGGGACUUUACCUAUCAUUGAAGCAUUAUAUCAAGUAGGUAGCAGUCCUCAUUCUGUUAACUCAUCAGGACAAACCCCAUUAAUGAGAAGUUCAAUGUUUCACAACUCUUACACCAAAAGAAGUUUCCCAAAAAUCUUUGAACUCCUCCGAGAGACUGUAUUUGAUGUUGAUUCUAAUUUACAAACCGUCAUACAUCAUAUAGUAAAACGGAAAUCGUCAACUCCUUCUGCAGUAUAUUAUUUAGAUAUUGUGUUAUCUAAGCUGAAAGAUUUUGCCUCACAACAAAGGAUCGAAUUAUUAUUAAAUGCAACUGAUUGUCAUGGAGAUACUGCAUUACAUAUCGCAGCAAAAAAUGGAGAUGAUAAAUUUUUUAACACUUUAAUUAGCAAUGGUGCUUUAUGCACAGUUCCGAAUAAGGAUGAUUUAACACCAAAUGAAAUUAUGAAUCAACAUUAUAAAGAAGCUUUAAGAAAUCAAGCAGAUAUGGAUCACAAUAAAGUAAGAGAUUCCUUAUUGGAAGACUCGUUGAGUCUGUCAAAUGACUAUAAUAUGUAUCCAUCCGCUGCUGCCACAAAGUUUUCAAGAGGUAUACCUAAUAUAGUUAGGUCAAUGAAGAAUAUUGCUGAUAGAUACAAUCAAAUCUUUCAAGAAAGAGAGAAUGAAUUAAGAACAUUAGAAAAGACAUUGGCAAGUAUGAGAAAUACUGCGGUUAAGUGUAAUACCAGAUUGGUGGAUCUUUUGUAUAAAAAUUAUGAAGUAUCAGAUGAUCGCAACAACUUACAUCUGGCCAUAAAUAAGGAAAAUAUCGAGAAAUUACUUUUAUUACAAAAAAAUGUGACCAAUUCAGCAAGAGAAGAAGUCUAUCAACUACAAAAAAAUCUUCAUAGCAAAAUUGAAAAAGCACAAUUAUAUAAAUUGAAAUCCUAUAUUGACAACAAUAAAAGUGAUAAUGAUAUUGAUACAGAAGAUGAUUGUGACACUAAGAAGCAUGAGGAAAAUGAUAUGACAGAUGAAUUAUAUAAAGUUUUAAGACAAUCUAUUAGAUUAGAAAAAUACCAAUACAAAAGAAAAAUUAUAAUUCAAAAAAUCAUAAAUUCAAUUAAGGGUAAUAACAAUAUUCCUAAAUAUAGAAAAAUGAUUAGCCAAGGUACAGAAAUAUCCACGGAUCAAAUAGAUGAUAUGUUGCAUGUUAUAUUACAAAACUUAGAAAAUCUUAAUGAUAAAUCUUAG